CACCCCUGGUCUUUCUCUCUCUCCCACUCCAAAAGUCAAGUUCCAUGCCGAUGGAUGGUGGAGUCUUUUCUCUUGCACCGAUUCUACUGAAUGGGCUGUCUCUCAGGCCAGACCAUCCCCAAUCCACGUCCCAAAAUCCCACCCCCGUCCGUCUCUAGACUCUAGAUUGGGAUUCAGACCCAGCCCAGCCCGGCCCUCUUCUGGCAGUUUGCUUCCACUCGUUUUUGAUCUCUGGGGAUCCCUCCUCGCUUCUUCUCUAAUCCCUCCUGUCCCGUCUCGACAGACUCCUCUCUCUCUCUCUCCCUCUUCUUCUUCACUUCCGUCUCGGGACCACCUCCAUCAACCUUUCCGUGUGGUUGUGACCUGUUGCCGCAGACCAGUCGAGUCAACCCUACCGAUACUGGUUCUUGUAAAUCGUCGCUUGUAGCUGUCACAUACGGGUUGUCCAGCCAGGCACGCGGCCCGUCUGUUCUACUGUGCCUCGACAGAUCAGAUCCCGUCACGAUACGUACAUCUGUGUGUCCGCCAACCAACCAAUUCAAUACACACAGACACAGACCCAGGUCACACACACACCACUCACUCAUACACACACGCAUACUGCGUACGCACACCUUUCACUUCUCGACCUUCUUUUCUUCUUCCAAUCUCGUCGACUUGAUCGGCCGCCAUUGGUCUUUUCUUCCUUUUUGCCGCCGCCAACCGGACAUAAGUUUUUGUCUUGAAGACUAACUGCCGCAACCCGUCCGAGAACCUCAACAAGGCCUGCGUCAUUAACCUCUCUGACCCUCAUUUCUCUCUUGCGACUCUCCGUCUUUCUCUCACCGGACCGUCGCCACGGGAUUCCUCACUCCGCCUUGAAGCAAACGCAUACCAUCGACGCUCCGUUACCCCACGCGACUUCGCCUGUCAGUUCGCACAUCAUAUCACCAUCGAAUCCACCACGGACCUGCUUCUUCGCCUGAUUGUCUCUUGAUCUCCAAAUCUUCAGACGUCAGUCACUAGGUUCCCCCCGGAGACAACCUGCCUCCCCGACGCCGGACACACCCUGUCCGUUCCGCCCGUCUGAAACACUCUCAGUCCUUUUCACAGCACCGCAAGACCCAUCGUGUGUCGUGCACUCACCCGCGCUCGUCUCACCCACUCGAUUUCUCUUCUCCCGUCCGCCGUCAGAGUUGCACUCUGCUGCUGCUGUUGCGCCGACGACUGCGUUGGUCCGUCUGUUUGUCGAAGCAUUUGCUGCUAAGACGCGCUCCUGCCAUUGCUCCGACGUCGAUGCCAUCACCUCGUAGUCAUUCUCAUCACCGCAGUCGCUCACUUACUCAAUCACUCAAUCAACAAAUCCGUCCGCUAUCCACGGCCGUCACAAUUGCAUCCCAUCUCUCUUCAUCUCUCUAUCAAAAUCAACCACAAAUCUUGCCUGCUGGGCGAAUCACGUCCGACAAAGGCCAAGUCUCGAAACACCAAAUGUACGUGAUCCUCUUUGGGACUCCCCCUACCCGUGACCCGGCUGUUCAGGUGUUCCUUGCUUGGAAAGGGUGCGGCCGACUUGAGGCAACCCUCCCGAACCACCGGAAAUCCUCUGUACCUGUUACUGAGGGGCCAGUUUGCCUUGAGUGGCCGUGCUGCUUCUACUCCCUCUCUCUCUCUUCUGCUUCGCCUCUCUUCCUUCCAGAUCCCCUCACGUUUAUCCGGUGCUGACCUGGACUUUUGCACCAUAGAUUGUCCAACGCGUCUUUACAUUCCCUGCCAUCCUAAUUAAUCAAUUCAGCAAUCUGCUAUCCUGCUACCUCAGUGUACGCACUUCAUUCCUUCGCCGCCUUUUCGUUCCGUUCUUUUCCUAAGCCAACUCGCCACCCUACUGCACUUCAGCGUCGCUCUAGACUUCGAUUCUUCCUAAUAGGCCUGGGUCCUGUUUUUCAACCUUACGCAGUUACACCGCCUCGCAUAAGAGCUGAGCGGCCAUUCGUUUGAUCUAACUCUCAGCCGCUCUUUUCUGUCCGCGAAUCUGCGUCGUCUGCUGCAAGUCGCAUUGCCACCGCGAGCCUAUACGAGCGUCUCCCCGGACAAUUUCAGCUACGCCACCGCAUCACCUAACCAUCGGCGACCCGCAGGAACCACGGUUAUAGAAGCUGCACCUGGGUGAUACCGCAGAGCGAAUGGUCUAAUUGUCGUGCCUGGACGUGCAGGCAUCUUGAAAAGGAGAAGAAACAAAUAGGAAGUCAGGAGGAGAACGAGACUCUGAUGUCGCUGGACCGAAUUCACGAGUACUAAAUGAGUCAACCCCAAUAUGGAAGAGAUAUGGAUCGACCGCCAGUUGCAGGAUCCGUCAAGCGGGCAAGAGAGCGGGCUCAAGCCGGAUUCCCGAGGGAACAGUAUUCUCCGCCGAGCGCCACGAGGUUCCCGAUAAUGGAAGAAGAUCCAGACAGCCCCACGGAUGUCUCAGACCGGCGUCAAAUCGUUGAGCCGAUACCAUCACGGAUACCGAGACUUCAACUACCGAAUGGCUUGCAAAAUAAAGAUGGCAGCCCCGGGCUUGCCAUCUCCCGACCGACACAAAUUCCACAGUGGCCGCUGCCAGGACCGAUUCCGUCGCCCGUGAACAAUUCCGAUGCGGAACCCUAUCGACCUCCUCCGGGCCGUGGACCACCGCCGCAACGACCUCCGCGCCCAAGCAGAGUACCCUCAAUAUUAGACAGUUCCCGGGUCCAGGAUCACACUCCCGUUUUUCAAUAUACCCCACAAAGCGGGCGAGAAUCAACGAUGAGCCAAGAUGUCUCAUCCGCACCGCUUACCCCGUCAUCAAGACACACGCAAUCGUCACUUUCUUCAGUCGGAUCGAUUCCAGACUUCCCUUUGCCGUCGACUCUGCCACCAGUCGCCGUGCCACAACCUGUAGUACCACCAAGACGGAGCGUAACUCUGGGCCCUCCGCCGUCCUCCCGUCGAGGCGACUCAUCUUUCUAUUCGAAUGCUUCAUUCGUCUCGCCGAUUCCCGAAGAGAGUCCUCGGUCGAGGUCUCACACCUCUUUCGCUUCGAGCGCUGCUAUGCCUGAGAGCUGGGGCAGUCAAUCACCAGGUUUCAGCCCGGGGUAUCCAGACGACUUCUACGAGGACGACGCGUAUUCCACCGAGGACGAGAACAGCCAAAUGAGUCGCGGUACAGGAUCGCCUUAUGGUGAUGCAGGAGACGAGAGCAAACUUGUUCGGAGUGCUAGCUUGGGCAAGAUGUCGAAGCCUUCAAUCGUGAUGAACCGAGCCCCGAGCAACGGAGACCCGAUGCCGCAGGAUGUACUCAAUGAACAAGAGUCGCCGCGGCGCUCGCCAGCCCCUCCUUUCCAGCUUCCCGUCAGUCCUUUUGACGCUGGUACAGCUUACUAUGAGGCUUCCAGCUCCUCAGGAACGGCCCCUACCACAGCAGCCACCGCCACGACCCCAUCGAUCUCGGCCAACGCUAUGCUAGGCGCUUUUGCCGCUGCCAGUGCGACGGAUCCAGCAGAAUUGAGGAAGGUUACGCCUUCUCCCCGACCGUACAACCGCCUUUCGGCCAUUCGACGGCCACCCAAAUUAGGACUCGACAUGGACUCAGUCAGGCAAAUGGAAUCCAGGGGUAGCAUGACGAGUUUACCGGAUCUUAUCAAACGAGCAACCCGCCUGGCUGCUUUGAUCGAUCGGGGACGCAGACCUGCCAGUAGAUUCGAGAUGGAUGACGGCACGUGGCCGGACGAGAAGGCAUUUGGGCGAGAGGGGGAGCAGCAGAUGUCUGGCGUGUCUUCUGGUGACAAGCACCAGUCGGGCCUGUCUGACAUGCUCGCUGCAUUCCCGCCACCUGCGGCCACGACACCAAAUCCCCCCAACCGCGGAAGUUGGUUCAGACGAGCCUCUCAAGCCUCGUGGCCACUGGCACCGGGCAGUAGGGGCAGCACGCCUCAGCCUGUGACUAGAGCGAUGGCGGCAAGAGGAUCUCCGCUGGCCAGGCUCGAAUCCAACGACGGCGAGUCUUCGACUAAGCGCCGUAGAAAGUGUUGCGGACUGCCACUAUGGGCCUUCAUUCUCAUCGUCUUUCUCAUUUUGGGAAUCAUUGCCGCCGCCAUCAUCGUCCCCCUCGAAUUCUUCGUAUUCCGCAAAAAUAGAUCUGCUACUCCUCCAGCAGCGGAGCCGGCCCUGACCCAGUGCCAGAAUCAGCUCAAGUGCGAGAACGGCGGAACCAACGUCGUAUCACAAAACGUCUGUUCCUGCAUCUGUAUAAACGGGUUCACUGGGCAGACCUGCACCGUGGCCGGAGCAACAGGCUGCACCACCACCAACCUCUCGGGAAAUUCUACCUCGACUAAUUUUAGUAAUGUCACUCUCGGCCAGGCGGUUCCACGAUUACUGCAACAAUCACAGACGAACUUUACGGUUCCUUUGGACGGUACCGAUAUUCUCGCGAAAUUUAACACGGAAAGCCUAUCGUGCAUUGCGCAGAACUCGCUCGUGACAUUUGACGGACGUUCCACUCGCACUGGAACUGUCAUUUCAGACACGGAUCUCAACGCCAAGGGCGCAAUUCCUGUUCAGGUCAUCACUAUACUCCCAGGGCAAGCGGCAACUAUCACGAUUGACAUCAACGCACCGGGAGGCGUGGUCCUCCCCUCGCCAGAUAUCGUUGGUGGAUUCACAACACUCACGGGGCCGUUCCGUGUCACAACCAUUCAUGCUUCCAGCUCCACCAUGUGGGCUACUAUUCCAAUGGUGCCCUCACCAACACCAACACCCGAGACGACUUCCUCUGUAGCCCCGCCGGCAACUACGGUCCCGCCUACGACGAUACCAACGACAACCACGUCAGAGACCCCUCUUGUCCCCUCGGUACCAGUGUCGUCUGCGCCGGCACCUAGCCCGACCUUCACAGUCACUGAGGAGACUUUGGACUUUGCCCGCGUCUCAAUUCUUCUAAUUCUCGAGAGGCAAACCUUGAUGGCGGCAACAACGGCACAGACAGUUUUGCAGCGUUUCUUCACGACAGCGGAUCAGGGCACUCGGCAGCAAAGUGGCGGCGUUACACCCGCCCAGGCACUGAACGUGACACUCGGCGGAGGCAACUCAGUGGACCUUGUCAAUUUCCUCAUCACUAUCCCGGGAGGCAUUCAGGUUGGCCGCAAGAGUAGCUGAGAGGCGAAAAAAAAAACGACAACCGACCGCACGAUGGUCGUGACGGCGUGCCGAGGCGUGCGUGGGAAAAAAAUGUAUAUAGAUAUGACGCUUAAUGAGGUGACUCGGCGCUCCUUCUUUUGGGCUAGGAGCUCUGGGCGUUACGAGAGAUGUGUAGGCACGCCGGCCGACCAUGUUGUAUAAAAAGAUCCUGGUGCGUUUUUCUUAUUUUCUACGAGCGGAGGACAUUUUUGGCAACGCAUAGCAUCUCGUCGUGUACGAGUAAAUAAAGCGAGGGCGUUGGAACUGAGAGAAGGAAGUCGAAGAAGCUAUGCAGAUACCAC